GGGGAGAUAGUGCUCUCCUCUCUCUCUCCCUCUCUCGAGCACUGUCCAGAGAGAAGGAGGUGUUUUAAGAGAAGAAAAGAGGAUGAAGCAGUGGAGGUGAUGAAGUAUAGAAAGAGACAGAGAUACAGAGAGGGGCGAAAGGAAAAGCAGAGGCAGAGGCAGGAGGAGGAUCUUUGGAUCUUCUCGAGGGAGGAGAAAGAGGAGGUUGGAGGUCACGAGGUGGCGUGCUCGCGCAUGCGUUUACGCCUCGACGACGAGGAUGUUCGACGUUUUUUUCAGUCACCGGUCGACGCUGCGCCGAGCACUGUCGACACGUACGUUCCCGACGUACCUACACGGGGCACCACCACCAAAAACACCAGCACUACCACCACCAGUGCCGCCGUUACCACCACUGCUACUACUACCAAUCACCAACCAUCACUACCACCACUACUACCGCAACUACUACCACCGCUACCACCGUCGUGUCGUCGUGAACAAGAACGGCACCACCAGUUGGUAUCAAUUCCCUUCCAACGUCAAAGUCGAUCGUGCGCGGUGGAGAAGAGGAAGGGUAGAUGGAUGGAUGGAUUGGAUGGAUGGAUGGAUAGAUGGAUGGACUGAUGGAUAGAUAAAUAGAUAGAUAGAUAGAUAGAUAGAUAGAUAGAUAGAUAGAUAGAUAGAUAGAUAGAUAGAUAGAUAGAUAGAUAGAUAGACAGAUAGAUGAAUAGAUGGAUGGAUGGAUGGAUGGAUAGAGAGACGGACGAACGGACGGACGGACAGACGGACAGAUAGAUAGAUAGAUAGAUGCAGCGGUAAUUUUGCGAAAAGACGAAGGAGUAGCUCUGCGCGAUCCACGCGCGAAACGGCACGCGGUUGGUCGCGCGAAGAACGUCCGAAUUUGUCCUUCCUUUCGAAAACUCGUGUACAUAGAUAUAUAGCGCAGGUAGAUACGAACGCGUAUAUACGUAGAUAGAAAAAAUAAGUUUUCAGCGAUAUAUCUGAAAAAGAAGAGGUGAAAGAAGGAAUAAUCCAGUGAAAGAGGGUAGCAGCGAAAGAGAGGAAAGUGGUAGCGCAGGUGGAGCAAGAAGGGAACCGGGCAGGCGCGUCUCGUGCUGGACGGUCACGCAUUUGGAUCCUGCUCUGACUCUUCCCGACUUCUACUCUCUACGGCGCAAGAUGCGGCAGGCCGAUAUUCGGCCGCUUCUUCGAUCUCGAAAAUCCGGAACGACGUGGCCUCGACGUCGACUCGACGUGACUUCUGCCGGUAGAAUUACAGAGUGAGGAAGACAGAGAUCAGAGAAAUAAGAAGAGAAUCGUCGUGGUUGUUGCUUUUGCUGCUGGUGUUGGUGCCGCUGCCGUUGCCGAGUCUCUCACAACGGCGUGAAAAUAAACCGAGCUCUGCUCGAGCUGGAACAUCCUCGAUGACGACGUUGCUCGAACGCUCCGGGUGCGAGCACAGUUGACGUAAAUUUCGCCUACGGUGCGACGUACCAACGAACGGAGGGUGAAACAAGACUCCUUUCUUCCUCCCUCCCUCUCUCUCUCCCUCUCUCUCUCUCUCUCUUCCUCCGUAUAUUCUAUUUAUCUUUCUCUCUCUCUCCCCUCCGUUCUCCUUUUUUCUCUUCCUCUCUUUUUCGAGGGGACGAAGGACCGACGCGAGAGAAGAGAAAGAGGAAGAAGAAGAAGAAGAAGCAGAAGAAGAAGAGGAACGGUCCGUCCUCGAUGUCACCCUGGCGACCAUUCUUGUCGCUCUCGAGGGAGGCCGUGUUAUUACCAUCGAAGAGGGCUGCUAACCGCGUCGUCUCGCGUCUGCCGAUGAGGAAAGCGUGAGCGAGUCGUAGAUAAGAGAUCGAGCUACGACGACGUGGACGAAGAGGAGCUGAUCGAGGUCGCCUCGACGCUCGUCGGAGUGUCCUUUUGAGAGGACACGAAGCAGCUGAGGAAGAAAGGGGAGGAGAGAGAGAGAGAGAGAGAGAGAGAGAGAGAGAGAGAGAGAAAAUGUCCACGCAUUAUCCACAAGGAUAUCGGUAUCGUUCGCCGACGAAGGCUACGAGUGGCGAGCAAGGAUCGGACAGCGACGUGGCGGAGUUGAGCGAUCUGGAGGACGACGAGGACGAAGACGGAGCUCAUACUACGACCGAUCGUCGACCGGUCGUCGGCCGGGAAACGAACGAGCUCGAGGAUUUCGAGAUCGACGAGCGACAACGUAGGUUCAACGAAAAUCGUCGAAUACGUAACAUGGACGAUGAAGAGGACGAGGAUGAAGAUGAGGAGGACGACGACGACGACGAGGACGACGACGACGACGAGGACGACGACGACGACGACGACGACGACGACGACGACGACGACGAGGAUGACGAUGACGAAGACGACGAAGAAGAAGACGGCGACGAGCUACCCUAUCCAGGUUUUGUGCCCGUUGCUCUUCGUUAUCUCGAGCAGACUACACGACCGCGCAACUGGUGUCUCGCGCUCAUCACCAAUCCGUGGUUCGAAAGAGUGAGCAUGAUGGUGAUUCUUCUGAACUGCAUAACGCUAGGAAUGUACCAGCCUUGCGUGGACGACCAGUGCGUGACGAACAGGUGCAAGAUAUUGCAGAUGUUCGACGAUAUAAUCUUCGCCUUCUUCUCCUUGGAAAUGACGAUAAAGAUGGUGGCGAUGGGUAUAUACGGUAAAGGGACUUAUCUCGCUGACUCCUGGAAUAGAUUAGACUUCUUUAUAGUAGCAGCCGGCGCACUAGAAUACUGCCUAAACGUGGAGAACAUGAAUCUAUCGGCGAUACGGACGAUAAGGGUUCUAAGGCCGUUACGAGCGAUCAACAGAAUACCGAGUAUGCGAAUACUCGUGAUGCUGCUGCUCGACACUCUUCCGAUGCUAGGCAACGUCCUCCUCUUGUGCUUCUUCGUAUUUUUCAUAUUCGGUAUCGUCGGCGUCCAGCUCUGGGAGGGAAUCCUGCGUCAACGUUGCUUCCUCAAGGCUCUUCCCAACGUCAAGUAUCCCGAGUUACUCUCGGACGAGUACUCGGUUCGAUCACGCAUUUACGACCUGGAGAAGUACUUCGAGUAUCAGGGUCAGGACUACAUUUGUUCGCGUCCCGACGACAGCGGUAUGCACUCUUGCAGCAACUUGCCGCCGCUAAAGUUUGGAAAUCUGGUGUGCAAUAGUACAGCUUUACCGAACAACAAUACGACGUUUAUCAGCAACGACACCUGCGUUAACUGGAAUUACUAUUAUACCGAGUGCAAGGGUCAGGGCAAUAAUCCUUUUCAAGGCACAAUUUCGUUCGAUAAUAUCGGCUUGGCCUGGGUAGCCAUAUUUCUCGUGAUCAGUCUGGAAGGAUGGACGGAUAUAAUGUACUACGUGCAGGAUGCUCAUUCUUUUUGGGAUUGGAUAUAUUUUGUCCUCUUGAUCGUCAUCGGCUCCUUUUUUAUGAUCAAUCUUUGCCUGGUCGUGAUAGCGACGCAAUUUUCCGAGACGAAGAAACGGGAGAUGGAAAGAAUGAGAUUAGAGCGCGCUCGGUUUCAUUCGACUUCGACUCUGGCUUCGUCUACGAAUACAUCCGAACCAACUACCUGUUACGCCGAAAUUGUCAAAUACAUAGCUCAUCUUUGGAGAAGAGGUAAAAGAAGACUGAUGAAGAGGUACAGAUUAUGGAAGUACAGAAGGCAGCAGAAACGCGAGCAAAAUUUGCUUAAGGAACAACAACAAGGUCAGCCGUUCCGGUCGGCUCCCAGCGGAGCAGGCUCGAACAGAGCAGCAGCCGGUGAGAGAAAAAUUCAUCACGGAAGGUGCCCCAGACUAUUGGCAGCGUUAGAAUACGCGGAACAACAGCAGCAGCAGCAGCAGCAGCAGCAGCAGCAGCAGCAGCAGCAACAGCAAUCAUCCGGGAUCUGCGGUAGCGUCGGAGAGUUUGCAACGAAUGGGCCGGCCUCGCAGGCUGGAAUUACCACUGGCGUUUCCAGUAACGGCGCUGGCAACGGAAACACGGGUAUCGCUCCACGCGCGAGUCCUGAAGUUUCCGAGGCUGAAAUGUCGAGCAAUUCGUACAAUCGGCCGGGAUUAUAUCGCGCCGCCUCCGUCUCCUGUAACGGCAGCGACAAUAUCAUUUCCAACGCGACAGACACGAAUAACGCGUUGCUGAGCCCACCGUGUACUCACUACCGACGAAGGAGCAGCGUUAUGUUCAGCGACGUGGUCUUGCUACACGGUAGCAAUAGCGUUGGGAACACGGUGCAAUCUGGUCCCACGGUCGCUCCUACUGAGCGUAACGUUUGUUCGAGUGAAAAAAUGACGCAAACCGGUGACGGCAAUGUUUGGUCUAGCCCGCUGUCCGACCGUGCACAGAUGCAAGUGGAAUUGGGUACGAACGAAGCAAUGACGUGUCAAGAAUUACUGGCGCUCAGCGGAGCUCUCAGCGCUGCCUUGCCAACCGGUCAAUUGGCGCUCGACUCUUUUUUAAAUUCCCUUACGAAAGGUAUCACCGAACGGCACAUUAUUUUGGAGGAUCGUGCACAAUGGUUGUCUUCCGAUUUGGAAAAUUGUUCGUGUUGCUGCGACGCGCAAAGCGGGCUCGAUCAGUGGCCGGAGAACGGCGAAAGAUGGCGAAGGUCCUCGAGAACUCGAAGGUUCUUCAGGACUAUCGGAAAUCGUUGCAUCUGCGGAUUACGUUGCAUAAGACGUUGGAUCAAGAAGCUCGUCGAACACAAGUAUUUUCAACAGGGUAUACUCUUGGCGAUUCUCAUAAACACACUGAGCAUGGGUAUCGAGUACCACAAUCAGCCGGAGCAAUUGACUGUGCUCGUCGAGAUAAGCAACAUCGUCUUCUCUGCCAUCUUCGCCGUCGAGAUGCUACUCAAGGUAAUAGCCGAAGGUCCGUUCGGCUAUAUCAGCAACGGCUUCAACGUCUUCGACGGCAUCGUCGUGAUCCUUAGCAUCGUGGAGCUCUGUCAAUCCUUCGUGGAGGAACGAGGCGGAAGUUCCGGUCUGAGCGUCCUUAGAACCUUCCGGUUGCUGAGGAUUUUGAAGUUGGUUCGCUUCCUGCCAAACUUGAGACGUCAGCUCUUCGUCAUGCUACGUACCAUGGAUAACGUUGCCGUAUUCUUUUCCCUUUUAGUACUUUUCAUCUUUAUAUUCAGUAUUCUCGGGAUGAACCUGUUUGGUUGCAAAUUCUGUGAAACGAUGAAAGGCAGCUCUGACGUCGAGUGUGAUAGGAAAAACUUUGACUCGUUACUCUGGGCUAUUGUGACGGUGUUUCAGAUAUUAACGCAAGAAGAUUGGAACGUGGUGCUUUUCAACGGUAUGCAAAAAACCUCCCACUGGGCUGCCCUCUACUUCGUCGCUCUGAUGACGUUUGGAAAUUACGUUCUCUUCAACCUUCUCGUGGCCAUCCUCGUCGAGGGCUUCUCUUCGGAGAGGAACGAGAGGAGGGAACGAGAGCAAAGAGAGAUGGCCAAGUUGGCGGCGAAGGAGGCAGGAAUGGGUAGCGAGGAAGGAUCCUCGAGGGUGUCGAGAUCUCACUCGAUCACCGACAGCGACACGUAUACUCAGGAACGGAAGAACUCGUGGCAAAGCGCGGAGGAGCUUAGAAAGUACAAGGACAACAGUUGUCGGGAAAAGCAAAACAGUGGUUGGAGGCAUCGAAUGGACGAGCCAAAGUGCAACAUUCAAAAGGAAAACAAGAUGAUGAGCGGCGUCGGUCAGCCACCGAUAAUCACACACACGGCCGCCACGCCUCAAGACUCGCCGAACACCACGCUCGAUGUUGGUUACAGAGACCUUAAUUAUCGUGCGGUUUUUCCAACGGCUGCCCUCUCCUUUGAGUCGAUAGACCGGACCGGUAGUCAAUGUAGCAUACCAUCCGGAUUAUUGAAGCUACCGGACAAUGCUAGCAAGUUUUCGACCAACAACUUGAUAGCCGGACAAUUUCCCAGACGAAUAAGCCUCGUUACCGCGGUGGUAAAUCCUUCCUCGAGAGAAUUCUCAAACUCCAGUCCACCGAGAAUACAGAGAGGAUACUCCUGGCGUUUGUCUCGGCCAUCUCUGCGAAGGAAACGUUGGUCCCAAAGCGACGAGGAGCAAGCCAGUCGAACGAUCGUUUUGAACAAUGGCAGAAGUGCCUUCGGCGGUUCCAAUUACACCUUCAACGGUGGUUACUUGCACGGCUCGAUAAGAAACGACACGCAAUGCGACGCGCCCAAUAAUCGAACGACCGUCCUAACGAGCAAUAAUCGCAGCCUCAGCCCCAACAAUUCCAUCGAAAGCCACGGUUCAUCGAUGCGCCGUUACACGGCCACGCCUAACCAGAUGCGAUGGAUCGACGAACUCUCGCGAAGGAACUCCUUAAGAGGGUACGAGAACGUUCAAGGUACGGUUAGAAAGAGUAUGCUGUCGGAGGAUAUGCCGUGCUCGACGCCCCGAACGAUAAACAAUUUAUCGAUGGAAACCGGAGCACUGCCGAGAAUUAAGCCUCUUCCGGAUCAGGAGGACGAUCACUCGCGUACGGACGAUCAGACGCCUCCAUCGAACGGUCACGGUAGCGCCAGUAGCGUCGAGAGGAUCAAGAAGAUAUUUAUGUUCUUCGAGCCAAAGGGUUGUCUCAAGGAACGCGACGAUUACGCACUGUAUAUAUUUUCGCCUAAUAACAGAUUCCGAGCUCUCUGUCGUUGGUUCGUCGAUCAAAAGUGGUUCGACAACGCGGUCCUCUUCUUUAUCGGCUUGAACUGCAUCACCCUGGCGAUGGAGAGACCGAACAUACCGUCGCACAGUCGCGAGAGACUCUUCCUCAUGACCGCCAAUUACAUCUUCACCGCGGUAUUUGCCGUCGAGAUGUUUAUCAAGGUCGUAGCAACGGGUAUGCUUUACGGUUCGGACGCUUACUUCACGUCGGGCUGGAAUAUCAUGGAUGGGUCCCUAGUCACCAUCUCCAUCGUCGAUUUAAUGAUGUCCCUGAUUUCUUCCAGUAGUCCAAGAAUAUUUGGAAUUUUGAGGGUUUUUCGUUUGUUGAGAUCGCUGAGGCCAUUGCGAGUGAUUAAUCGUGCUCCGGGAUUGAAGUUGGUCGUACAAACGUUGCUGUCGUCUUUACGACCGAUCGGCAAUAUCGUUCUGAUAUGUUGUACCUUCUUCGUGAUAUUCGGAAUUUUGGGCGUUCAAUUGUUCAAGGGUGCGUUUUAUUAUUGCGACGGUCCAGAUAUCAAAAAUGUUCGCAAUAAAACGGACUGCCUGGCGGAUAAGCGAAACGUAUGGCUCAACAGGAAAUAUAAUUUCGACGAUCUCGGCAAGGCGCUCAUGUCUUUGUUCGUUUUGUCGUCGCGAGACGGUUGGGUCAACAUCAUGUAUACCGGAUUGGAUGCGGUUGGCGUGGAUCAACAGCCGAUCGAGAAUUAUUCGGAAUGGCGUUUGCUAUACUUUAUCGCGUUCAUCCUUUUGGUCGGAUUCUUCGUCUUGAACAUGUUCGUCGGCGUCGUCGUGGAAAACUUUCACAGAUGUCGAGAGGAACAAGAGAAGGAGGAACGAGCGAGGAGGGCGGAGAAGAGGGCUCAGCAAAUGGAGAAAAAACGACGAAAAAUGCACGAGCCACCGUACUAUACGAAUUACUCGAAAACGCGGCUCUUCAUUCACAACGUCGUAACUUCCAAGUAUUUCGAUUUGGCGAUAGCUGCCGUAAUCGGCUUGAACGUCGUCACGAUGGCCAUGGAGUUUUACAUGAUGCCGAAGGCACUCACCUACGCCCUCAAGAUAUUCAAUUACUUUUUCACCGCCGUUUUCAUCCUGGAGUCGCUCAUGAAGUUGUUGGCCCUUGGUAUACAUCUUUAUCUGAAGGACAAAUGGAACCAAUUGGACGUAGGGAUCGUUAUAUUAUCAGUAGUCGGCAUCGUUUUGGAGGAAGUCGAGUCAAAGAUCAUACCCAUCAAUCCGACCAUCAUUCGCGUUAUGCGAGUUCUCCGUAUAGCCAGAGUACUGAAACUUUUAAAAAUGGCCAAAGGUAUACGCGCCCUCUUGGACACGGUAAUGCAGGCGUUACCGCAAGUUGGCAACUUGGGUCUGCUCUUUUUCUUACUGUUCUUUAUAUUCGCGGCCCUGGGAGUGGAACUAUUUGGCCGAUUAGAGUGCAGCGACGAAACACCUUGCCAAGGCCUCGGCGAGCACGCGCAUUUCAGUAACUUUGGUAUGGCCUUCCUUACCCUCUUUCGCGUAGCCACCGGUGACAAUUGGAACGGCAUCAUGAAGGAUACUCUUCGAGACGACUGCGACGAGUCGACGGAUUGCGUGAAGAAUUGUUGCGUCAGCACGAUCAUCGCGCCUAUAUUUUUCGUCAUUUUUGUACUGAUGGCGCAAUUCGUUCUCGUCAACGUGGUCGUCGCGGUGUUGAUGAAACACUUGGAGGAGAGUCAUAAGCAGAUGGAGGACGAGUUGGACAUGGAGACGCAGCUGGAAAGAGAGCUGGCCGCCGAACGCGAGGAACUUCUCGAGGUCGAGGAGGAGGAGGAAGAGGGUGGCUCGCUCGAAAGACGGAACAUCGGUGAAGACCUGGACGAGGACGACGAGAGAGAAUUCGAGUCGAUGAUGGGAACGAGCGAGAAGAUUCUCGUUAGACCGGGCCUCGCAAAGGUUCGUUCCUUGCCGGCCAAUUUCAUUUACAAUCCGCCAAAGGAAAAGAGUUUGGACGAUACUUCCGUUUCGGUGGCGAUCAACGUCAGAGAGAGACGGCGCAGCUCGUGUUUCCGCUCGUACCCGAGACCGUCCAAGUUCAAAUCGAAGCGCCGACAGACCUUCCACUCGAGCAACCAACGAAGGUCCUUGCUGCCGAUGCACUUCGAAGUCACCGAGGUCUUCGAGAAGCCCGUUUGCAAUUUGAGCGUCCCGCGGAUCAUUCCUCGUCGUAUUUACGCGAUGGAAGGUCAGGAAGCUAUUCCUCCGGAGAGCCAAUAUCUUCGAGUGACAAGCAAUAACAAGGAGAACAAGUCGUUCCUCUGCGCGAGCAGACCAACGGCGAGUUCUUCGCCCGUCACGCCCAGCGGCUCGACUUCGACGCUGACCACCGCAGGCGGCCUGAGAUAUCAGAACGAGCGUUACUUGUUGCCGACCGCCGAGAUCUAUCCGUCUAAGGCGUGCUUCGCCCGAAGGAUCUCGACCGACGCUCAGUCGCAAUCGGAGACGAGCACGAGCGUCGCCGCGGGAAGCUGCACGAGGACGCCGAGCAACGCGAGCGAGUACGCUCCGAGUAUUCGCGCCAAGGGCGAAGGACUUACGGAAAAUGCGAGAUCGUCGAAGGAGAAGGACAAACAACGGGCGACUCAAGCGGAGGAGGAGGAUCUCGACGUGCAAUCGGUGAUCAACGAAAGAAGGCCGUCCAGGCUGAGGAGUGCCACCUCUUCCGGUACAUCGACGACCGGGACGAGCGAUCAGUGCGCUCAAAUCGUGCGCGUCGAGAGCUUCGCCCACAUUUACGCGGCGGAGGAGCUGCCGGACGAGCCGCCGGACGAGCCGCCGGACGAGAGUUCGGCCUUUGAAAACGUCAGCGAGACCGACACGAGCGGGAGCAUCAACGGGAGUGGAACUGUGAGUGGUAGCGACGGUAGUCGUAGCAUUAGCGGCCUCGUUCAGGUCGUCGAGUGUACUACGUGUCCUGCGAUCAGCACGGACGUUAGAAUAUACGUCGACGACACGGACUCGAUCAGCAGCAGCGGACACUUUGGGAGAACUUUUGCCGAGGACGACGACGACGACGACGACGACGACGACGAGACGCCUGACAUCACUAUGUCGAUAUCGGCGCCGAUCGACCUCGUCGACGAAGAAGCGGAGGAAGAUAACCUCGGGAAAACGGAAGACGAGCCACCAUCCUUGCCCGGCCCUUCCGAUCCCUCUUAAUGACUAACGUUGCUGCCGUGACAUCGUUGCUAUUCCACGACGAGGAAGUAUGAAAAAUCGACGGCGUCGACGACGGGCUCUAAGAAAGACUGUAGUGCAUGACAAUAUAGUCGUUAUAUUCUAGUCACUUUGCCGCCGUGAACUUGCCAAAGAAAAAACAGACGGGGAAGGGAAGGAACGAAAGAAAUAAGCGGGACGAACUCUUAGAAAAUUCGUCGUUCGAGUGGUAACAAGUAGAAAUAAUACAGUAGAAGGAAAGUAUAUACGAGAGAGAGAGAGAGAGAGACAAGAUGUUAUAUUUUCACGUCGAUCUCGAAACUCGAAUUACUGUCCGAGGCUAAGAACUAAAGACGGGGAUUAGAAGUCGCUAUUUUCGGAACUGCUCGAUCGACUUCUCGACGAAUUACUUUCUCUCUCUUACAUUCGAUUCUUUGCUCGUAGUCCAAGAGAUGUUAUUCUUUCAUCGAGAUCGCGAGUCGGUUUCUCUCAUCGGUCAUUGUUUGUUAUUACUUUUUUACGUUGACAAACGUUGCUCCGACAAAGUUUUGCCUCCUUCGACGUUUUGUCCCGACACGAUGAUAUUCUCCAAACGUUCUUCUCCAAAGUUUUAAUGAGAAAUCGAACGAAAAGUCGAUCGGUCGGAUCAAUGGCAACUCUAUUUUCGUCCUAACGGUCUCGUUACAUUUCGUCACGCGAAAUACAAAGCAGGCGACAUACACAACACGUAUAACGCACUGGAAACCUAUGACAAUCUCUUAUUGCCAGCGGUAUCGAAACUCGGUUCCCGCUAUGAAGCGUCAUGGAAAUCAUUCGUAGGAAUUGGUAGAGAAGAAACACGACGUAUAUAAAGUCGCGUCGUAAAAAAAAAAAAAAAAGAUGAAAGAAAAUAAUAAUUUAACAAUAAUUUAGCGAAUUUGUAGCUCUUAGGUAGAUUUAUCGAGUCUACGUGACAAAUUGCAAUUUAUCGGACCACAUUUCCUCGCCUUUCCUUUUCCUCGCGUUGAUCGCCGCCAGGAGUCGUAGAAUGAAAGGAUUAGACGAUAUCGUUAACGCGCGUUUAAGACGAUCGCAUAAAUGUUCUUCGAAACGCGAGUAUAUCCUCGUAGGGAAAAUUUCUUUCUCCUCGUUAGCUUUCUAUUCGGUGGAAAAUCCAGCGACGUUCGCUCGAUGCACGUUCGAUCUAGUCCAAUGCGUUUAGAUAAAAAGUUCGUUCGAGUAUAUGUACAUACGUUCGUACGUACCCUAGAUACAUAGCGUCUCUCCUGGGCGAUCACGAGUCAAAUCGUUCGAUCCUCCUCGUUUCGUUCUCUUCGUUUUUCUUUUUCUAUCCUAGAACGUUCUUCUCGUUAACAUCUGUGAUAUACUUUAAUCGUAGUGUAUUUCCUAUAACGACAGCAGCAAACAUCGGCAAGCGAACGGGUAAAACGUUAAAAGAUGGCGCAGAGGAGGAAAAAUUUAGAGAGAGAGAGAGAGAGAGAGAGAAACAAGAUAGACGCUACGUAGACGAGAGAAGAGAGAAUAGCGAGAGAGAAUAGCUGAAUUUUUCGAUAAAACGAAAGAGAUUAGAAAACGGAGAUGAAAGAUCCGAUCGAGGAAGAACAAAAUGAAAAAAGGAAUAGAAAUCUUCAAUUGUACAUACAUACAUUUAUGAAAACUCUAUACUCUACAUUUGGUGCGAUUUAUUUUGAUACUACCGCGUGCGGUAUUAUUUAAACGAUCGUCGGAGUAUAAGUCCAAGAAAAAGAACGGGUGGAUAAACGAGCAAAGCAAAUGUUUAAGAAAAAAAAAAAAGAUAAAUUCUAUGCCUUUCAACGAACGUCGACGAACGUUAGUACGACGGUGGUGUUUGCCCUCUACAGGUACAACAAAAACAAAAACAAUCCCGGUACGUAGAAGCUACUGCUGGCGAUUUCAAUUGAUUUUUCGACAAUUUUAAUUUCGUCGAAAAAUUAACGACAGACUUCGUAUAAAUUAUAUUCCGAUCAAUCGAUAACACACUCUUAAUUUCUUCGACCAAAAAGCUUGAAAAAUCAAUCGAUGCCCGACUUUAGAUUUGACCGGGGAGAGGGGAAUGACCGAUGUAAGGACAGAGAUAGAGGGAGCCACCCUUCGUGCGACCGGCGAAGACGUUUGUUUCUAAAAUACACGCACGUACACGCAAACGUAAACUGAAACAAUAGAGAGAAACAAGAAAAGCAAAAGAAACAAGAAGAAAACGUAGUAAAAGUUGAAAGCGCCGUGCGCCGUAAUCGCUUUGGAAAAGUAGUCCGAGUACCCAUGUACGUUUCUUAGACCAAAGUUGCGUAGUGCUCCGUUGGCUAUCGAAUAAUAUAGUCCAAGUUUUACCCUGUUCAAAAUGUCUGGUGGGUACGCCGACCGACGCGAACCGCUCUAGUCGUUUUUCAAACGGUACGCUAUAGCCACGACGAAGUCAAUUAGCGCGUAUUUUCUAUGUACAAAAGACAAAUUAUAGAUGAGAUAGAAGGGGAAGAGAUAUCGAGAGAUGGGGGUUAAAGAGGAGGAAGAAGAAGAAGGGAACGUCGAUAGAAAUAUCAAAAAAUAAAUAAGUACACACGCACGCUCGCAGCCGUACCCGAGGUAUGCUCUCGGUACGUUUCUAAAGGGGAAGGGUGACAAAAAACAAAAAGACAAAAAGUGGAAGAGAGAAAAAAAAGGAGAAGAAGAAAAUGUCUAUUAUUAACCUUGACGGGAGCUUUUCUGAAACGUUUUAACGAGGUUUAAAUUUAAGACUCUCGUGUGUGUAUCGAUGUUCGUUAGACGAUUUGAACAGAGUAUGUAUUUAGAUACUUAUAUACUCGUGUAUAUCGAAAUGCAGACGAUGGUACGAACGCGCGAAGCGUUCUUUUUUGCUUCUUGUUUUCCCUUUUUCUUCUUCAUCGUUGACCGUGGGAAAGAAUCGAGUGUCCUUCGACGAUUCGCGAUCGGUCCACGUAGAUCUAUAUCUCUAGAAUAUCAUUGAGAGAAUGGUUGCGUCAUCGUCGAUCAUCUACUCAUCCGUUUAGAAACGAUACAAAACUCCGACCGACGCGAAGAAAAAAUCGCGAGGGUCGAAGGACGUAGAGAGAACUCUUUGCUUCUCGAGCAAUCUUUGAUUUUUCCUUUUUCUAAGAGAACUUUUUGACGAGAAGAAAAUUAAAACGAAGAUUAGUCCGAUCGUUAGGGUUGCGUCUAUUAAAAUAUUCAUCUUCACUCGAGAGUCCCACAUUUCCUUCUCGCAAUACUCGACAAAGACAAUCGACGUUUCUCGUGGGAGGCUCGCGUUCGGUGCUCUCCCUCGGGAACGUAAAAUAAUUAAAGAAAAAACAAAAAAGAAAAAGAAAAAAAAAGAAAAAAGAAAAAAAGAAAAAAAAAGAAAAAGGUUCGUACCACCGUUGCGUCAUCAUCGUUUCUCCGGCACCACGACCGAGUCUCGAUAGCUCGAUAGCGUUAUUAGGCGACUGACCUCCGAAUUAUAGUUAUUCUAGUCGCACUGUGGAUUAAACGAAAAGAAAUCGACAUUCGAUCCGACGGACGGAAAGGGGGAAUCGUAAAUGUUUUAUCGUUAAAAAAGCAAAACAAACAAAAGAAACUAAAAAAAAAAAAAUGAAAAAAAAAUAAAAAAGAAAGAAGAAACAUAGACAAAGAGAAGAAAGAGAAACGUAACGAUGUAAAACUUCUUCGCCACGUGCCUCUCGAGUCUGUUCUUCGCCCGUAGAGAAGGCAGUGCGUAAUCGUCGAACUAUUAAAGUGUCUAAGCAAAAAAGAUUAAGCAAAUAAAAAAAUAAAAAAAUAAAAAAAAUAAAAAUAAAAAAGUAAGAAAAAAAAAUGAUGAAGAAGAAGAAAGAAAAGUCACCGGUCGUCGUAGGCCGGGAGAUAUGUCGUGCUAUUUUAAUUACAGUACAGGUUAAAACAAAAUAAAAAAAAAAAAUUGCGUGUAGUCCUGUAGGGCUGCCAAUAAAGAAGCGUCCUUUCUUGUCUGCCUGAUUCAAUAAUAAUAUACGUAUCUAUGUAUGUGUAUAAGUUCUCUAGAUGUACAUACAUAAAUGCGUAUAUCAAAGUUAUAAAUGCCUGAAUGACUGAAUGCCUGUGCACGCGUGUAUGCGAUAUUUGCGAGAGUUCGCCGUGGAAGGAGAAGGAAGAUUCGGCGCGCUUCUUUGGCCUUGGCCUGAAUUUCAGAAAAGUAAGGAAAAAGAGAGAGAGAGAGAGAGAGCGUCUUUGAGCGCGAGUGAGUACGUAUCUGUGCGCGUGAGAGAAAUGCGUGGUAUCGAGAGGGUGCGUUAGUUGCGUAGAAGGAAACUAAAUAUGUACAAAUGUAAUAAAUUAAACGACGAUUACGUUGAAUCAA